UGCGCAUUAAUGUGAUGAUUGGUGAAACUUUACAUUAAUAUUACCGCUAAUACAACUUUUCUGUUCAAAGCUGUGGAACAUGCUUCACCCUGAUUGGCUGUUUGACACGCAUUUAAGAUGAGCUCCGAGGUGUGUCCAUUCUGCGGGAAAACAUAUAAAAGGCUGAAGAGUCACCUGCCACAUUGCAAGGCAGCAGCGAAAUCCAAAACGCCUCCGACCGAACGUCAUGUCAGAAGGGAUCAGACGACAUCACCUUCUCAGCUGGUUGCAGGUUCCUCUGAACCAAUGGCAGAGGGGACACUGUCAACGGCGGCAAGUCCGCAGUCAAAGGAGAGGACAAAGGUGUCUGCUGUGUCAUCACCUGCAGCGCCUUUUAAGAGUGAGAACACAUCGUCUUUGUCACAGCCGCUGUCCCCAAGUCCUACACCACUUCCACCGUCAACUAAGAAGAAGAAACAGAAGCUGUCCGAACAAAUCAAGAUGGCCACCACCACCUCCUCCCUCAUCUCCUCCCCAGCCCUAUCUCUGUCUCCCUCUCCCACCAUCUCCAAACCAAAAAAGAAAAGUCUCCUCGCUCUGAUAGAAGCUGCAAAGUCCGACCAAGUUACUAAGGGAUCACUGGAAAGAAGCAGAUCUGCCGCAGGAGGCCUGCCGUCAGGUUCAGAUGCUCUAAAGUCAAGAACCACAGCACAGACGGAGACCAGCAUUAUUCCAGACAACGCCAGUUUUGCCCCUCCAUCCACAGACACUAAACCCAAAGAUGUCUCUAAAAAGAAGGUGUCAAAGACAAAGAGGGCUGUACAAUCUCUUUCCACAACCAAAGACACUGACUCUCACUCUCUGGAUUCUGAAAUAAAUGAAAGUGGCACAAGAUCCCAAGGAAGAGACAACGUCUGGGUGGACAACAAAGAGGAAAUGGAGGAUUUAUCUAUGAGUAAGAUGUUCUUAAAAUCCGGAAGUGGUCACCAGGCCAAGAUUAUCAUCCAGGAUGUCAAAGCCACGUUAGGCCGAGCUAAAAGCACCACUCAGUCCAGCAAGGGGAGGAUCCCGAGCCAGGCUGAAACUACUGACAACCUAAGCAGCAAAACCAGACUUGAUACUAGUCUCAGUCCAGUAAUGGCUCCAGCAGAGAAGCAAAAAGACGUUGUAAACUGCUUGGUAACAACUAAAACUCUGUCAGACCAGUUCCCCAGCGUCACUUCACCACAUCUGGAGCUGCAGUCAGUUCAGAAAAAAAGUCAGAAGUCUAAACAAACGUCUUUAAUCCCUCUGCAACAUGACGGUUCCUCUCAGCCCAGACCAACCUUCCCCGCACCUCCCGUCCUCUCCGGCCAUCUGUCGUCUCAAUCUACACCUCUUCCACGUACAGUCGGCAUGAAUGAGGGGCUGAAGGUGGGUCAUCCCAUGACAGAACUCCUCUCAAUAUCACCAUCACCCAUUCAGCUUCCCAGUCAUCUCACACGAGCUCCGCCGGCGAGGGUGGAGGCGGCGAGAGCUGCUCAUGGGUUGAAGCUUGAGGACAGGAAACAAAACACUGCUCACAGUCGAACCGAAGGUGCCGUGUCACCGCGGAGUCUUGGACAGGUGAGACUGAGGGAGUUACCUGAGUGGCUGGCCUGCAAAACCCCCAGCCAUCCAAGAGACGUAGUGGAAAUGGUGCAAAGAGGCUGGCACUGGUAUUACAGGAGGUACAUUGACGUGCGGAAAGGUGGUGUGGGUGGGCUGGGCAUGCUGGUGGCAGGAUACUGUGUGCUCAGCUACAUCUGGAGUUACCCUCAUAUAAGUAAAGCGUGAUCGCUGGAGGAAGUACCACUGAGGUCAAGGGAAGAUGUGUGGACAAGUGAGACUGAAUGUGGAAACAACAGCUGUGGCAGGAGGUUAGCUUUCAAGCUUCGUGAGCUUUAGAGGUGCUGGUAGGCAGAUUGUUAGCUGCUCCCCCUGUUUCCAGUCUUUAUGCUAAGCUAAGCUGACAGGCUGCAGAUUUAUAUUUAACUGACAAACAUGGGAGUGGUAUCAUCUAACUGUCUGCCAGAAAACGAAUUUCCCAAACUGUCAAACCAUCCCUUCAACCACCAGAGGAAUUGUCAUUGUGAUACUGGUAGUUUCAUCCUCAUUUGACUUGCACCCGAAAAGGGCAUCUGAAAGCCUGCGGGCAUGACACGACACUGCAGGUUAUGCAAAUUAAGACAUGUUUGAGUUUCAUUUCACAUUUAUUUAUUUAUUUAUUUUAUUUAGCUUGCUAUGUGCUAUGUGUUUUAGUUUAGUUUAGGAAGGGAAAUGUGAACAAGAAAGCUACUAAAAUUACUUUUUAAUUAAUUUAUCAAAAUAGUUUCAGUUCCUGAUGAGAUAUGUGUCCAUGUGUUUAAGUGUGAGUCCCAGGAGCUCCACUAGGUGUCAUUGUUGGGUUGUGUUAACAAAAACCAAAAGGGCUGGGCAGUACAAUGUUUGCUAUGCAGAGUUUUCUUAGCUCCUUUGUGCAGAGGCAUCGGUGCUGGCUUCCAUGAGAGGAUUAAAGGGAACCAACAGUUUUUAACCAGAUAAAAUCUUUCUCUGGGAGCGCAGAUGUAGAGAAACAUGAAAAACAUGCGAAACAUCCCGACAUCAGUAUCCAUGAAAAGAUCCUAUCUGUGGAGCAGAGGGAGCGCAAAUCUGUUUUUCCUUGGAAAUGUUUUCCCCCUGUCACAUGAUGUUAUUAUGCAUGCUCAGGCUGUGUGUCUGUGUGUGAACACUCACAGAAUGGUAAUGGAGGGACACUGAAGGAGGUUCUCAGCCGGACUGGACCAGUUUGUUAUUGUAUUCUUUGUAUUGUAUGAAUUUAUUGUUGACUCUCCUUGCUGCUGUAGUGAACACACAUUAGCUACAAAUGAAGAAAUGACAGUAUUUUUGUAACGAUUUUUCCUGACGCCGCUUCUUGGCCAACACAAUAAAAAAUAAUUUCCAUUUUCUCGUGUGUUUUUUUUUUUUAACAUUCGUUUUUUUUUUCUCCAUACAAAAUUAUAAAUAUUUUGUGUUUCACUUUUCAAUUUUGUACAAAACAGCAAACUAUACAAAUCAAGUGAGACAAAAAAAAAAAACAACAACAGUGAGGCAGAAAUGGAGGCAGAAACAACAAAUCUGCACUGAAAGUAGGGGAGAAAAAGCACAGUAUGUUCCUACCAGGCCCUCAGACACUGAUAUGCAUCCAGAUAACAAUGUUUUACCAACACUGGACAUGUCCCUACUUUGUGCAAGUCUAAAACGAAACUUCCUUGUGGAUGCAAGUGCUAAAGAGGCACAAAAUCUUGCAGCAACUGCUGCGAUGGCCACUGGCACUCAAACACAAAAACAAGAAGAAGAAGAAGAAGAAGACGGAUGUGUUCUCUAUCACCCCAUAUAAAAGGCCUUCAGUUUGCUUCUGUAGCCUACAGGCAAGCAUAUUUCACAGACACGUUUAUAAGAGAAAGGUGGCACUAUCCAGAAUCAACCCCGGGAGGAUUUCACACAUUUAACCUAAGCUUUGGUCCUGUGUUGGGUUUGGCUGAAAUUGCCCGUUCUUUCUUACACUACAGUACAGAUUUCUGUAGACUUUUACGCAAAAAAAAAAAAAAAAAGUUAAUCAAAAAACAAACACAUGGCCAAUAUUUAAGAUUAAUUAUUUAUCAUAAUGAAAUAUCAGAGUCAGUUAAGUUUUGGCUCUAAACACUAAAAGAAAACUGAAACAUUCUCGAGACAAAUCCAGCACCAAAGUCAUGUUGGGAGCACGGCUUCAGAACAAACACUCCAUCUUUUUCUUUUUUUUUUACUUUAACAGCCACAGAGCUGUUGUCACCAGCACAAAGAAAUAAAGACCUGAGGGUGAUUCUGGACAUCACUUCACUCUCCUAUUAAUUUUGGUUGCGCUGCUGAGAGGGAAAACAGAGGAUGUGUGAGAAAUGCUUAAAAAAAAAAAAAAAA